AUGGCUGUUGUGUGUUUGGAAGGGAUCAUAAGUGAGGUCAAACUGGUGUGUUCAGAACCCAGAUUAGUUGCAACACAAAGCAAUGGGAUCCCCUCUGAGGACAGCAACUUACAGGAGGACAUUCAAAAUGUUAUUGAUAAAAUCCACUCCCUCUCUGCUGGGAACAUGCGCGGUUUUGCUGUCCCUCCCACAGAGGAGCCCCUCAACCUGAAUAUGUAUUUUAGCAUCCUGAGCAACCUCCACAGCCUUUUUCAGCCACUGAUGAGAGAGGGAUUCUUUGAUGACCUGCCCAAAAUACUCGUUUGCCUUCUCUUAGAGAGGCAGGACUGUGGACUAGAGGCAGAGCUAGCAAAGACGGUGUCUCUGGAGAUGGGGCAGCCGCUGCUGAUGUUUUUCUCCUCAAUCAAAUCUCAGACAUGCACUCCAAUGACCACUGACGAAGAGGCGAGCAGCUUCUUUGGGACCUACCUGAAGAUUGAGAGCAUGGUGACGGCAGCGUUUAAUGGUUUUCAGCAGAUGUUCAUUAAUAUGCUGUCAAACCUGAGUCUGUCUGAAGAUUUGACAAAUGUUCUGCGUAGUCUUCUGGAUUCAGUCUCAGCAAAUGUGUUGCGCUUCAUAGUAAUGCUGGUUCAGAUACCAAUGGACUAUGUCAGAAUAGCUUUAGAGUUUGGAAUCCAGGUCCCAUCCCUGGCUGAACAAGACACCUGCAUGCAAGGAGAUCUCAAGCAGCUUAUUAUGUGGGGACUGAAGCACAACGUGAGUUGGUCUCUUGGCGUUCCACUCGUUGACAUCCUCCUAGAAACCUUCCUGCCCUCAGACCAGUCAAUGUACUCUUAUUCAGGACCAGAAUGCCAGAGUCCCUCCAGCGUGCUCUUCCAGGGCAGCUCAUCACAGUCAAACAAUCACACCUAUGUCAGCUACAAGAUCUCGUGUGAUCAUCGCAACCUGGCCGCUCUCAAUGACACGAUGUGUGCUGACAUCCUCAUGGGUUUAGGAGAUGAGUCUUCUCUGCCUUUGUUAACCUUUUGCCAGGCUCUGAGCUCACUAAGCAGCAGCCAGAUGGAGCAUGUGUGGAGCAACAUGUGUUAUAUUUUUCAGGCGCUGAUGUCUCCACUGGCCACCAAGUUGUCUGACUGUGUUGAUGGUGACAUCCAGCCUUCUGCUAUCUCCAGCCCUCUGAACAAUUCUAAGCCAGUCUCUGCAUCCGCUCUACGUCUCCGACAGCUUGGCUGCAACUACAGCAGCUGGGUGAUCAGCACUCCAGAUGCUGCUCUUGUGUCUUUCUGCAGUAAUAAUGAGCGUAUGGAGUUUGUGAGGCAGGUCUGUAACAAUGCUUCGGUGAUGAAGAAGCUGCUCUCAGAUCAGAUAUACAUCUGGCUGUACGCAUUCUGUGCCAACUCCUCAGCUGAUGCUGCGUACAUGGUGAGUCAGUUCUGUGUGUACGAGCAGUGGAUCGACCAGCCUGCUCUUCAAGUGGACUCUGCCCUGCUGCAGUUCUGCAUUAGCCUUGAUGCUCCAAGAUUGACCAAUCUCAUCUGCAUGCACACUGGAUUCUUGAUGCUUCUGAUCUCCAACCCUGACAACUGGAAGCUGAUGCCCAACUGCACAAACUCACCUCCUCCACCACCAUUCCCUGACCCUGGUUUACAACUGGAUUCUUGUCAGUACAUGGAGUGGCAUGAUGUGAUGCAGAUUACUACAGAUAUUUUAUCAAAGUGCAUCCUCAUUGAUCAGAGCAGAUUCACAAGAGAGGUUUGUGCAAACCAAACGUUUCUAAACAACCUUCUGCAAAAUAAGAACAAUGCAUGGCUCGAGGCCCACUGCCAAGCCUCUCUGUUUCUUUUACCUCCCGGGCCAACGCAGUCCUUCGACCUGGCAGGAUGGUGCGACUACCAGACAUGGGGGGAGAGGCAGGUGGACGAUUCAGUCGUCGGCCUCUGCUGGCAGACCGAUCAGGCUGCCUUUCAGAAGAAUGUGUGCUGCAAGGCAGCUGUGUUUGAAAAACUGUUGGAAAACCCUCAGAACAAAUGGCUCACAUCAGUCUGCACUGACAUGGAGCAAAUACCUGUGACACCACAGCUGUGCAGGUAUGCUGACUGGACCCUUCCAAUGAUCGUGGACAUGACUGAGCUUGCUCUGUGUGCUGAGGUUGACUCACAGAACUUCACCUCCAAAGUCUGUGCUAAUGAUAUCGUCCUCCAUAACCUGCUUGCCAAUCAGGACAACGCCUGGCUGGUACAGUACUGUGCCAAUCAUUCGAGCUCCGUGAUCCCUCCUGUUGGAGGCGGAGGACAGACCAUCCUAAAUGAAUUCAAGGUCGCUGAGCAGUGUCUGUACUCCAGCUGGGUCAAAUUUCUUCCAAAUGCAACGCUCCUGGCUCAGUGCUGGGAGAAGGACCAAGUCAAUUUCGUCUCAUCUAUCUGCCCUAACGCUGGCCUCCUCUUGAUUCUGUCCCGGGAGCCAUCGUCAGCUUGGGUGAGCAGGAUGUGUAUAACCUUUACUAACUACACCACCACCACCACCACCACCACCACCACCAACAACAACAACAACAAUAGCACCACUACAGACCCCAAUGUUUGUGCAUCACAAACUCUGAUCAAGCAGUUCAGCUUGAUUUGCCCACAAUACUUCAUCCCAGGCUGUCAGCCUUGUCCCAGUCAGAACAUGGUCCUGCAGAUGAUGGUGCGUUGCUGGAUGGAGAGCCUGAGCUCCAGGAUGGAGGGAUUGCUGACUACACAUGUCACUGAAGUGCUGAAUCGGGUGGUCGCUACAUCUGUGGUGAUCCUGCUGGCUGUGGAGGACUCAGUGGGACCUAUUUGGCAAGUCGAGAACACCAUAAGACAAAGUGUCCUCACGUCUGUAGUCGACUAUUUAAAGAGAGAAACCAACCAGGACAGAAGGAGGGUGUUACUACAGUGCUUUGGGACAGUACUCAGCAGCCUGCUGCAGACAGCAAGAGACGUGACCGGCGAUGAACUGCGUUUCAUCAAGGAGUACUUCCAUUUGCCUUUAAGCAGCCUGCGGUCGGUGCUGGCUGCAACACAUAUCAGCACUGUCAGAAUGGUCCUUCAGUACUACAACAGAUUUGAGAACACCCUGCAGUUAUCUGAUGAGUACCGGUCUGUCAUGGUGUCAGUGCUACUAAAGACCUACCAGGCAACCGAUGAUAAACUUCUGCUUGAGCUGGGCUCUCUGCUGGCUGCAGCCAGUCCAGCUGAUAUUAAGGCACUGCCGUCCAAACAGAACAAUGUCAAUGUGCUGGAGACCAUUAACAGAAACUUGGACAGAAUGAGUUUGGCCCAGCGAGAGGCAUUCGGCUUGUGGUACAACAAAGUUAUGUCUCCCUCCAGCAUCACUGGAGGUCAUCAAUCCCUCAUCAGGGACACAGGAAACCUGAUCGCCUACUUGCCUUUCCAUAGUUUCCAACACCUCUCAGCUGCUCAGCUGUUGGAUGGUCUGGAUGUGUUGCAGAGAAACAUCCUCUCUUCUGUAAAGCAGGAAUUUAUUGCCAACAGACUUAUUGGGAGCUACAGGAACCUGACAGCUAAGGACUUCAUCAGAUUGGGAAAUCUCUCAUGCCUCGCAGAUCCAGUGGACCUCCUUGCUUACAAUAACACUGAGGCCUUCCAGGUCAUCCAGGAGAGCAUUAUGAACUGCAUGCUCAAAGGACUCAGUCUUCCCAGUCAGCUGGUUUCAGAUCUCUUACUGAACAACCCAGAGCUUCGGAUCCCAUCCUCACUCAGUGCUAACCGACUAAAAGAGCUCGCACCACUCCUGCCCUCGCUAGGUGUGACUUUCCUGAAUGGUCUGACGGAAUCCCAGCUGUUCUCCGCUCUUCCUGGACUCAGCACCAUACCAUUUACUCCGAUACAGGCAUCUAUAAUUGUGGACAAGCUGUUUCAAACUAACACACUAAAAACAGGCCAGCUGCAGGAGCUCGGCACUCUCAUUGUUGGUGUAAAGACGGAGACCCUCCUGAACCUCACCUCUGACAAACUACUGUCUGCUGUGAAGGCCCUCACCCCACACCUUCCUGUCCUGCCAUACAUAGAUGCGCACUGUCCACUGGAAGCAAACACUAUUGCCACAAAACUAUGGGGCUUCCAAGAGGUUGUCAACUGGUUGGAUGAUGUGAAGCCUUUGCUCAGAUGCACGCCCCUGCUAAGUGUCCUUCGAAGAACUCGCCUGCUUGUGGAAAAACUCUCCAAUACGUCCACAAAACCCUGGAACACACAGCAGGCUCAAGCAAUUGUCAGAGAGCUGGUUAAUGCUGACCCAAAACUAAUCAAGCAAGAUUUUUUGAGUCUGGGAUCACUGGGUCAGGGUGUGGGCUGCAGGGUCUUACAGGAACAGUUUGGGGCUGAUACAUCACCUUUGUCUGUGAGGAACAUCUUGGCCUUCCUCAGGCAGCAACCUGGUAUUCUUCACACCUCACUGAAAACGUGUGUGCUUGACAAGCUGCACCAGUUUAAGUUCUUCCCUGACCUGCUUCAGGAUCUUGGAGCUGAAAUAGCUUUAUCCAUACCGAUGAGCACCCUUAAGAUAUUUUCUGCAGAAAUGAUGGACACCCUGAGGAAGAUGAUUGUAGCCACGCCUCGAUACUUUCUCAUGUUAUCUAGAAGAAAGCAGGAGCUUCUGGUGGACAAAAUAGUUCAGAGGAUGAAGGGGAUGUACACUGUGCCGUUCACUGAAGAGGAGUUUCGUUCACUGGGCAUCAUGGCGCCAUUUGUGGUGGAUGAAGUUUUCAUUCAGGUGGACAGAAGCUUCUUCACUCAAAACCUGGAUUACCUCAAAACGCUCUGCUACAGCAGCGGCAAGACAGAACUUCUGGCUCGUAUCCUGCAAGAACCUGCUGUUUUUGGGCCGGUGAAGAACUGGAACCAGGCAACGCUAAGCGUGGUGGGACGGUUUCUCUUCUUCCUGCCUAUUAACAUUUUGCAGGAGAUUCCAUUGCCGCUGAUGACGAUGGGGCGCAUAGAGAAGCUGUUCAUGAGCCAUCGUCAGUGGGAAGAUGAGGAUGUGGGGAUCCUCUGCUCAGACAUGAACGAGAGGAAGGCACUUUUUGAAAAACAACAGUUUGUUCUGCAGUUUUUCCUGGGCUUCGUCAAAAUAAAUUCUUUGUCACUGACUCCGAUAGUUCCUACCUGUGAAACCCUGCACACCACAUCCCCCGCUGCCUGGACCUCCAGCAGUCUCAGCAGCAUGUCUUUGACGGCCUUCUCCAACUGUCUGGAGCUGAUGGGCCACGACUCGUUCCUUGCAUCCUUCCAGCGUAGUGAGGUUCUCAAAAGAGUCAAAAAGAUGUAUGGCCCCGUCUCCUCCUUUUCCCAAUCUGUCAUUGCUCAGCUGGGUGAGAUAGCAACAGAGCUGUCACCACAGGAGCUGAGUGCUCUUCGAUUGGUGGAGCAUAGCAGUAUUGCUUCUAUGGGAGCUGUCAGCACCUGGAACACCAGACAGCUGACUGCACUGUUUACCACCGUGUUAAACUCCACCAAGCUGACCCCAAGUCGGCUCAACUCCAACAUGUUCGUGGCCCUGGGCCACAUUUUGUGCGGAGCUAAAACAACAGAGAUCAAUACGUUCAACAAUGUGGAGUUUGGUAAGGCGGUCCUCUGGCUGGGGCAGCUCAGGCUGUCCUGCUCAGAGGAGCAGAUGCUUGCUUUGGUUCAGCUGCUCACCCACAGUCUUGCUUUUGGACCCAUGAGUUCAUGGAACGCAGAUGUGUUUAUUGAGAUUGGAGUUCUGGCAGCUGGUCUUCCUGACAUUGCCAUGUCAGCUCUGGUGAAAGACCAAAUCGAAGGAAUCACCCCCAUGGCUAUCUCCAUUAUACCACCUGAGAAGUUUGCUGUGGCCUUUAGCCAGAGCCAGAUCAGCAUGUUCUCCUAUGAGCAGGCUGUUGCAAUGACUCCGCAGCAGGUCUCAGCUCUAAGAGAUCUUCAGAGGACAGCUCUAGCCAUGGUGCUGGCUCCCUGGGAUGGCAGGCCAGUAAUCACAAGAGAUCCUACAGUCAGGUCACUGGGGCAGAUCCACAACCCUCUGUGCCUCAUACUGGGACUGCUGAUGCUGCUGAUCGUCCUGUUCUAACCCAACGCAUGAACCCGCUCACCCUGCCGGAUCAGAAGCUCGAUCAGAUAACAAUAAAAACAUAGGUCAUUUAUCUGUGCAGUACCCAUACUUAUCUGAAACCCUAAACAACUCUGGGCAGAAAAAUAUGACAGUUAUCGAAAUCAGAAUCUGUUUUCAGCAGCAAUCAGUUUGACAUCCAGUAAAGGAGUAAAACUUAUAGUUUAAUGACAAUUUGAAUAUAUAUUUAUUUUUAUAAGCCUAACUGAAUCCAUGCUCUCCUAUUUCAUUACUUUCUAUAUAUCUGCUGUACUGUGAAAUUUAUUAAAAGAACUUAUGCCUCUAACCUACAGAGUUACACAUAAUUUUGAAAGUAGAUUGUAUUAACAGCGUUAACCUUAUUCUGUUAUUGCAGUGCAUUUUGUAUUUUUGUGCACACCUUACAGUGUGACUAUUAAAGAGUUAGUGUUAAAUACA